CUCUGAUCAUAAUCAAAUUCGAAUCCACAUCAUAAACAUGACAGAGCUGGGCUUGGGGAAGGCUCGGCUAUAUAGAGUCUCCAAGUCAUGGCACCGAGCGACGAUCAGCACGGGCAAAGAAGGCCACUGAGUUCCACAGUACAGUAGAUACUUCCAUGAUCUUCCGAUUAGUUUCGUGUGAGACUGACAUCAAUCUUCUCCAGCUCCAAGUACGCCCCAUUCGUUCAGCGGUGUGUUAUCUUCUCGGGGCCUGCCUUGUUGCCAAAGUCGCAGUCCGCUCAUGUCUCAACUUUGAGCGCUCACUUUUAGGUUUGGCUUGGCCUUUGACUCCCCUCGAGGUCUUAUUGAUAACGAGAUGAAUUUUAUCGGCAACAGUAGGAAGAGAACUUAGGCGGCCAAAGGUCAAUCAUUGCUAUGAAGGUGAUAUGCCCCCAAGUUCAAUCUUUCCCAUUUGGCAUAUGUUUAAUGUUGCUAAAAUGGUGGCUCAUAUCAAAGUUUACAGUAGACGAAAGCGAUGGGGAUGGACGAAACCGAGGCAGACCUGUUGCCAGUAUGACCGAUCUGACAUGGCACAGUUCGAGAGGAAAAAGACGGAUUUGAAAGUUGUCAUCUGUCUUGUUCGGUGACUCUGAAAUUGGUUGAUUGAUUAAACCUGAUUCAGUCAGCCUGACGGAUCGUUGAGCUUGAAUGGAGCUUUGAUCAGAUGAGGUGAUAGGGAGGGGUGGCAGCUCGGCACGUGAAGUGGCCCUUCCAGUCGAGUCUUGACCACCACAGCUCCAAUCUCGAGGUCCUUGCUGUCGCACGGACUGAAAGCCAAGAGAACAGUGAGGAGCAAACGAAUCUCAGCUGGUAGAACGCAAAGUUCUGCUUUGGAUGUCUCGAGCAGAACUCCACAAGGGGAUCACGAUACUUAUCAACUCGUGCAGUAACAACCUUCGGUUGAUGUCCUGAUUGGAAAUGCGCUCUUACCAUGUUCGAGAUCUGACGACUACCUACGCAGAGUAGACGCAGCUUUUCGUCAAAAGGUCUAGUAGGCUCGACUGUCUGGGUCACUUCACAAACCCACUGAAUAAUAGCUUUUGAGACCACUGCACGAGGCUCACGACCGACAUCAGAGAAGGUAAUCUCAAAAGCUGUCUGCACAGGAAUAAGCAAGCAACUGCGGACCUUCGGAGAAAGUCCAGGUUGGUUUCACAUAGAAUUGUAAAGCUCGCUCGCCCUGUCGGUAGAAAACUUGGUUCUCGGUCUGCAUCAGUCAAUCGUAGCAUCGAGUAAUAAAUGUUUCCAACUGACUGGACGCUUCUGCUCUGGAAUCUGGAUGCGAGCAUCUUUCAGGCAUAGGCUGAACGGCGCGCCCCUUUCUCUGCAACAGCGAGGACUGGCCAUCUUUGCCACCAAAGCUGUUGCCUUCGGGUUAUCCAGUAUUAGUUGCAAAGAGAAGCAGUGGAGCAGAAUCACAAGGCCAUGAGAGCAGUGAGGGACAACUUAGCAAUUAGCGAAGGC